AUGCCCCGCGCACAAUCCAAAUGCGACUCUUUAAUCUCGGCUAUGCAGUGGCGGACAAAGUCGGAGGCAAGAGACGUCGGCACUGUCCCGAGUGACAGGCUCGAAUGUUUCCCCCGUUUCUGCACUGGCGGAGUGGAAGUGGGACCGGUCGGGACCUCGGGAUUGGGCAGCGCUUCGGAGGGGGAGGCCGUCAGCCUUAUGGGUGGCGGAGAAGAAGAAGAGAGGCGGAGGAUGGAUGGAGUGCUUGAAUGCUAA